UCCUGACACUCUAUCACUUCUUGAUAGCUUCAUACUAUUUCUUUUUGAAUUAUUUUUGGAGACCAAAAGUUCUUGCCGUAUUCCUCGAUAGUUCACCGCAUUUACCAGAAAUUAAUCAACAACGCAAGGAAACUCGGGUAGUGACAGAACGAUCUAAAACGAUGGCUCCGAACCGCAUUAUCAUCGACACUGACCCUGGUGUCGAUGAUGUUCUCGCCAUGCUGCUCGCCUUCUCGGCGAAGCCUGAGGAGCUCGAGGUGUUGAUGCUGUCGGUGCAGUUUGGCAAUAUCGAUGUGCAGAGCUGUCUGAGGAAUAUCGUCUCGCUGUUCCAGUUCAUCGAGAAGGAGAGGGCUUGGAGGGUACAGAAUGGGAGACCUGCCGGGUUUGAGACGUUGGAGAAGACAAAGCCUAUUGUUGCGGUUGGUGCGGAGGAACCUCUUGCUGAGCAUAUGAUGGUUGCGGACUUCUUCCACGGCAUCGAUGGGUUGGGCGGUAUUCACCACAGCCAUCCCCAUCUCACACCAGCGGAAACCUGGAAGUCACUGUUCCAGCCGACGCCCGAAUCAAUGGACGCAGAACAGGCAGCCAGUCUCCAAGCCGUGAAAGACCAGCAUUCUCUCUUCACGCCAUCGACGAAGCCCGCCCCUGAAGAGAUGCUGCGCCUGCUAAGAGAGAAUGAGCCGGACACCAUCACCAUCGUGGCAAUCGGACCACUGACGAAUCUCGCUGUUGCUGCAGCUACGGACCCUGAGACUUUUCUUCGCGUGAAGGAGGUCGUGGUUAUGGGUGGUGCUGUCGAUGUGCCAGGAAAUAUGACUCCAGGCGCUGAGUUCAACACCUACGCCGACAGUGUAGCUGCAGCCAGGGUCUUCGCUCUCACAAGUCCAAACCCGAGAACCACAAUGCCUCCCAGCAUCCCAGGAGGAAAAGGCCAACUACCCGCAUACCCGGAGACCCUAUCCAAGCAAUUGAAGUUGAAGCUCUUUUCACUCGACAUCACAACCCCCCACCUCCUCCCCCAAUCCCUCGUGAAAUCAUACACAGCGCCCCUCGAAUCCUCCCCCCUAGUCCAAUGGGCCUCCCUCUUCCUCUCCUCUACUUACCGCAAAAUCCACUCAAUCCGCCCGACUCUCGACGCUUCGACGCUGGGCCUCGAAAUGCACGACCCCCUGACCAUCUGGUAUUGCCUCACGUCGUCUGACCCGAAGUGGGAGUUCAAGCGCAGCGAGGACAUCCGCGUGGAGACGAGCGGGCAGUGGACGAGGGGCACGUGCAUCGUGGAUCGGAGGGGCAAGGGCAUGAAGGUGGAUAGUGAUGUGCAACAUGGGUUGGACGAUGAGGUCGCCGGGGAUGCCGGGGGCUGGUUGGAUGAGAGGAAGGGGAACAGGGUUGAUAGGUGUGUGGGGAGUCCUGGGACGGAUGUCUUCGCUGGAGUGUUGCUUGAUAGGGUCUUCGGAGGCGCGAAGUGAGUGGUAGGAGAGAGGAAUGAUGGAAGUGUAGAUGAGUGGGGAGAUAUUUAGAUGUUCGAUCUAUAGAUACGGGCCAGCCGGACUAUUUUUCUCAAAAGUAAUAGAUCUUCGGAAC